CUGAGAACGAACUAAGUAACACGAACGAGACAACGCGCUUCGACAUAGCUUGUGAACUGUGGCUAUUGAACUUUUGUGCUUUGUGUGUGAUAUAGUUUAUAUACAUUUUAGAUAUAAAAGCACAUUUAUUGAAUUUCAACGUUCGCGAGGGCAGUCUACUGAAGUGCUACUCGAGGAAACGUACCGUUCGUCAACUUGUGUUUAAAAGCCUUCAGGCUAAAGGUACAUCCGAAGAGUAUUCAUCAAAAUGCGUGUUAACCACAGUUGAAGUUAAUCGUUGGAAGAAACUUAAUUAAGAGAAGAACAAAAAAACGUGUGCCAUGGAUCUACGAAUGUUCAUCUUCGUGGCGAUAUCUGCCCAACUUUGUAGCAUAAUAUCGGCUAACGGUCCAUUCUACGACGGCGGACAGAAAGCACCCAGUCCACCACCCGCUGGUAACUUUAUAACGCAAACUGUAUACGGAUUCCUGGACUUCACCACCACAAUAGGCAAUACCGUUAUGGUAUUUUCACCACACUCAGCCCCACCACCAGAACCACCGAAAACUGAAAAUUCCGUACAAGAAAAUAUUAUAGAAACCAAACCACCACCGAUUAGCAAUGUAAAGCCGGAAGCCAUUAAACCUAGCAAGACGACGGAUAAAGAUAAGACGAAUAAAUCAGGAGUCCCAAUCGCAGCAUCGAGUGCUAUAUCUGUCAUAACCUCCUCUCCUAAAAAAGAAGAAAAAGUUGCAAAUGUACCCAAAUCAGUAGCUAAAGAACAAAAACAAAUAAUAACUAAAGUCGAAAUUUUCGCAGGGCCAUCAAAAAUUGUAGAAAAUACCCCCAAACCAGUAAAGGCUAACAAACAACCGUCACCGUCCAAAAAACAAGAUAAAAAUCAAACAAUCAAAAGCGUCACUAACAUAAUUAGCAGUAAGGUUGAAGUAAAACAAAACUCACCACCGUCGUCUAUAAUAAAUUCCAAAGUUAGCAGUGUAGUGGAAAUUAAAUCCAGCAAAGCUGAAGACGAACCUGCAAUUUUAGUUUCAAAUAAUAUCGGUGAACCAGAAUACGAUUACUUGUCACGACAACCAUCUGAAUUUGUUGAAGAAACAUACCGAGUUAUUAACUUACGUCCGUCAAAAUCCCAUGCACAAAAACCAAAAAAUAAUCUUAAAAACAGACAUCAACCAACCCCUCCUCCUGAUGAUGAAGAACAUCCCGUUGGUCUCGUUACUACUCUCGGUGGAACGAUAGUUAAGGAUGGACUAACAACAGUUCACGAAACCAGUGUCAUAGGCACUUAUAUAUCAGGAAAAUAUGCACAAGUUCUUAAUAGUAACUCAAAAAUUUUACAAUCAGGUCAUAAAGCUAAAAUAUCGCCAAGUCCACCCCAUAGAAUUUUGAAAACGGCAGCACCGGUCCUUAAUAAAAAUCAUAGGCACAAUUUGGAACCGACUCCAUCCAUAAGCGACGAAGAUAAUCACAGUAAAACUACCCGGAGACAGACAAAUAAUGGAAGUUCUUACAAGAACCGCCACAGAUCUCAAAAUAAUGAGAAUGAUACUCCUGAACCUUCUAACCAAGGCAAGAAAUUUAAAAACAGAAAUUCUUCACAUUCCCAGCGAACACAAAGUACACGUUUUGGUCGACCUGCCAACACAGCUCAACUGGCAACUGUGUCUGUUUUCAGUGAAUCAUCACCACCUUUUUCAAAUAGACGAAAAAGCAAUCGCAACUCUGGUCACAAAACGACGGUGACGCCAUCUAGCAACAAUGAUAGCCAAUCCAGGCGUGGAUUCAAGCCUCGCAUUCAGCCCACUGCAGUCGAACAAGUUACUCCAGUUGCAUCUUCGAGUGUAUAUAAAUUUAAAUUAAAUCGAUCACAAAGUUCGGGACGUUGGCAAUAUAAAACUAGUCCUAAACCUAAAGUAACAAUUCGCAAAAUGAACGGUGAUGAUGAACCACAAACUACACCAAGCCUGAACCCUCUUCUCGAUGAUCCUCAAUCAAAUGAUCUAUCUCCUCAAGCACGAUCCGAUAACGACCUGGAACUCUCAGGUUCUCAGAGUGGUCCGGGUACUCUUUUAGAUAACGAUACUGAAGAUAAUUCAAUAGAAAAACCGCCACCAGUUGAAACACUUAAAGUAGAAAUUUCGACUCCAGCUGAUUUUCGAGAUGUUUACUAUGAAAUUGCAACACUGAAGUCUCCCUAUACCUUCCAGGUUGGACGCGUAAAAAAUACACGUAUUAUCACCGUAACGACUACGAUUGAAAAACGUAUCGAGCCAACAGCUCUACCAAUAAACAGUCAGAGUGUUCUAAAUGAACCAUUAACUGAAAACAUAUUAGCAACAGCAUCGCCUUACGGAAAGGAUCAUUACCUAUUAGAUUCUAGCAUCGUAACGUUACCUCCAAUAACACUGUCGUCUGAUGUCGAAACUCCUCCUUUAGAGACUGUAACUGAAACAUUUAGUACCACCCAACACAUGCUCAAAACUCAUAUACUGCCAGUCGUAAGAGAUGCCAAUAUGACAAAUAGUCUUACUUUUAUACAGACUUACCAAGUCACAAGGUUCGUUACGGCGACGAAAACAUUACCUCCUAUGGACUUCUAUCAAUUCAUACCAAGUAAAACUUUGAAAGAAUUUAAUAGUCGUCUUGACGAAGCUGGUUCCGAAUUACAUCUUGAAUUAGACUUUGGGGACAGCAACGAAGACGAAGAUGGAGUACCACGACGUGUCUUCCCACCUGAUUUGGAUCUCGCCAAUGUCGGUUCAAACUUCGACUUGACUGAAAUCGAUAAGUAUAGAGAUAACCACUUAAGACUUAAGAAAGCUCACGGACAAAAUAAAGUGAACCAAGUAACGGAACCGCCUAACCCUGCCACUCCGGCUCUGACUCCGGAACAAGCACAACAACUCGCUCUAUUAAGAUUGCUCAAUCCCGCUGCAGCGGCACAAAUCCCAAAUGUCGUCACGACAUCGAAACCGAUCCUUAAAUAUGAAACCAUAUACGAAUCCCACGUGAUACCGCUUUUCGAUGGAAAAAAUACAAUUCAAAGCACAAUAUCGCGACCGGUUGCAACGAUAACUAAAACGGAAUACGAAAUAGGAACGAGUAGCUUACCGGCCCUGCCCAUCAACCCUCUCUUCCCUCAGCAGCAGUUCACGGUAACUUCGACUCCAGUUGUUUUGAACACGGAAGUUGUUGCGACGAACAGCCAAGUUCUGAAAUUGACAUUCGGCGCCAAGACGGUGUACACAACGCUGUUCACGACUAAAGUUGUUCCAACGGUAUUGACGUCUUACGUGACGUCCUCUAUUCCCGUGCAGCCGAGCGCCGCCGGCUUCCCCGGAUACUACCCCGCGCCAUUUGCGCCUUUCCCCUACGUCGGGUAGAAGGCCAGUAGUUAAUACAUAUAAAUUGGGACACUUGUUAGAAACGUAACGGACUUUUAUCUAAAUCAGUGUUAAGGGUUUCGAUGAUAGCAUAAAAUGUGAAACU